CAAGAGGUUUCGGCCUAUGGCCGUGGGCGGUGAGUGAGGGGCUCAGCUGAGGGGGGCGGGUACCGCUUUCCCCCGGGUCCUGGCGUUGGGGAUCCGGAGGCAAAAACCUUGGUGAGGAAAUCGGCUCAAGGCAGGAAUUCCCUCUGGGAACCUCUCUCCAGCCAUGGACAGCCCCAGUCUUCGAGAGCUCCAACAGCCUCUGCUGGUGGGUGUAGGCAGUGAGCCCCUUGUCCAGAAGCCUGGUGAGCCUGAUCUGGGGCCUCCCUUUCGAGAGACAGCCUUUGCGGAAUCGCUGAGGGGUUGGCAGUUUCUGCCACCAUCUCUUCCCUCUGUGAGCGCUGGCCUAGGGGAUCCAGGGCCCCCUGACCUUGAGGAUGUGUCAUCCAGUGACAGUGACUCGGACUGGGAUGGGGGCGGCCUACUCUCCCCACUCCUACCCCACGACCACCUUGGCUUGGCUGUCUUCUCCAUGCUGUGCUGUUUCUGGCCUGUGGGCAUCGCCGCCUUCUGCCUGGCCCAGAAGACCAACAAGGCUUGGGCCAAGGGGGACGUCCAGGGGGCAGGGGCCGCCUCCCGCCGCGCCUUCCUGCUGGGGGUCCUGGCCGUCGGGCUGGGCGUGUGCACAUACGCGGCCGCCCUGGUGACCCUGGCCGCCUACCUCGCCUCCCGGGACCCGCCCUAGUUGCCCCUGCGGCCCCCACUGUGAACCCAGAGGCUGGCCGCCCAGCGCGGCCGCGGUCGGAGUGGAGAAUCCGGGUGGAUGAGGCGGCGGCGGUAGCGUCCAGAAAUGGGAGGGCGCCGGACCACCCCCGCCCCGCUUCCUGGAGGCCGCAAAGAGCGAUUAAACACCAGACACUCUUGCCGCCAAACCUGUGUCUGUCUGU